AUGGUCCACUCUCCUCGCUCGCCUCAUCCCAUCUCAUGCAUGGCUGCCAGUAAUGGUCUACUGGGUGUCAGCUUUUAUUGGCACGGCACAAAGCAAGUGCCAGGGGUUCGGUGGCUCGACUCCCCACUGCAGACUGUGGAUAAAAGCAAGCAAAAUGCCUCAGCCGAGCUGAGAGACAUAGUCAUGUUGGGCUGGAACGAGGAAGUGCAGUGGAGAGGGGAGGGACUCAGGGCGCAGCUCCAUGGGGCCGCCGCGGCGCUGCGACCUUCUGCACAUGGAGCCGGGGAGAGUUGGAAGAACUUCAUACUGCAAACUCAAGGAAUAGCAGAGUACUUGCACCGCAUGGAGACAGAGGAGGCCCAGGAAAUAGCCCAGAUGCCAGACAGGGACAGUCCCCCUGCCAAUGAAGCGUCCGAGGAGGCAGAAGAGCCCAUGGCUGUCCCUGAAGACCUGUCAGCCGGCUCCACCCAGCAGCAGAACAACCGAGGGGACAAAGCCUGUAACAUUAAAGUUGAGGCUCGCAGUGAUGAGGAGAAUGGGCUGGCCUGUGACAUGAACGGUGUGGAGGAGGAGGAGUGCGCGGAAGACUUGCGCGUGAUCGAUGCCUCCGGGGCCAAGGUGAACGGCUCACAGCCGAGCCCCGAAGCCAAGGCCUUCUCCUCGGCCGGCGGUAUCCGGCUGCCCAACGGGAAGCUCAAGUGCGAUAUCUGUGGGAUAGUUUGCAUUGGCCCCAAUGUGUUGAUGGUGCACAAGCGAAGCCACACUGGUGAACGUCCAUUCCAGUGCACCCAGUGCGGCGCCUCCUUCACCCAGAAGGGCAACCUGCUGCGUCACAUCAAGCUCCACUCAGGGGAGAAGCCCUUCAAGUGUCACCUGUGCAGCUACGCCUGUCGCAGGAGGGACGCCCUCACCGGCCAUCUACGCACACACUCGGUUGGAAAACCCCACAAGUGUGCUUACUGUGGGCGGAGCUAUAAGCAGCGCAGCUCUCUAGAAGAGCACAAAGAGAGGUGUCACAACUACCUCCAGUGUAUGGGACUGCAAAACACCAUCUACACAGUAGUAAAGGAAGAAAGCAACCAGAUUGAGCAGAGGGAAGACUUGAGCCAAACGGGAUCUGACAGAGCCUUGGUGCUAGACAGACUAGCUAAUAAUGUAGCUAAACGUAAGAGCACUAUGCCACAGAAGUUUGUGGGUGACAAACGUCUGUCGGACCUCUCUUAUGACGGAGGAGCAGGCGAGCUGAUCCAGCCCCACGUCAUCGACCAGGCCAUCAACAGCGCCAUCAGCUACCUAGGCGCCGAGUCGCUCCGGCCUCUGGUCCAGACCUCCCCGGCCUCCUCUUCCGAUGUGGGCCUCAGCUCCAUCUACCCCCUCCACAAGCCGGCAACAGAGGCCCACGUGGGGACGGGCUUGUCAGCCAAAGACAGUGCGGCCGAGAACCUGCUACUGCUCUCCAACUCCAAGUCUGCCUCCAGCGAGAAGGACGGCUCGCCCAGCCACAGCGGCCAGGACUCCACGGACACCGAGAGCAACAACGAAGAUCGCCCGACCGGAGCAGCCCCCGGCCUCAUCUACCUGACCAACCACAUCACCCAGGGGGUUAGGAACGGCGUGCUUCCCCUGGUGAAGGAGGAGCAGCAGAGGCAGUUCGACGCCAUCCGGGCCGGCAUGGAGAUGGCCUCCGAGGGCUUCAAAGUAGUGACAGCGGACGGGGAGCAGGUGAGGGCGUACAGGUGCGAACACUGCCGCGUCCUCUUCCUGGACCACGUCAUGUACACCAUUCACAUGGGCUGCCACGGCUUCAGAGACCCCUUCGAGUGCAACCUCUGCGGUCACCGGAGUCAAGAUCGAUACGAGUUCUCCUCUCACAUAACACGAGGAGAGCAUCGCUACUGAGCCACGCCGACCAGAGAACACACAUACAUACUUUCACAGGAUAGAACACACACACACACACACACACACACACACACACACACACACACACACACACACACACACACACACAUGUCUGGUUUGCUAUCCUCGUGGGGACAUCCCAUUGACAUAAUGCUUUCCCUAGCCCCUUACCCUAACCCUAACCAUUAAAAAUGAAUGCCUAACCCUAACCCUUACCCUAAACCUAACCAUAACCUAAUUGUAACCCUGACAGUAAAACCGCAUUUUGAGUGUGAAAAUUGCUUUCAACCCCAAGGGGACCUGGAUUUUGGUCCCCACGGUGCAGAAAGUCCCCACCAGGAUAGUAAAAGUCAGAUUUUGGUCCCCACCAGGAUAGUACGAACCCGUACACACACACACACACACACACACACACACACACAGGCAAGCACAUGCAAUAAAUUAAUAUAAAUACAUCAUGUAAAAUACAUUGUUAAUGUCUGUGUGUUUUUUAUAAGGUAUGCAUGUUUGUCGACACACAAAUAAAUAUACAACUAUUAAAAACAUUGAUUUUCAUCUCUGAUACGAACUACUCUGUUUUUUUAGGUUUUUUUUUAAGAAAACAAAGUAAAUAAGGACUGUUCUUCAUUCCUCACAGGCAUGAAGAACAGAACUUCUUAAAUACACAUCACCUGUGUAUGUAAAUAUAUAUUAUUUUUCAUCCUUUUUUUCAAGAUUUAAAGUAAUAGGAUUUACAUCCUUUUUGCUUUGACACCUUUCUGUAUUGAAUAACAGAAAAAAUGUCAAUCCCUUCUGCGGCUGUUUCCAGUGCAGGCAAACCCAGUGUAACAUAAAUACAAUCAGUAACGUAACAAUCAGUGUAGAUAGACCCACAGCUCCCCUGUAAGGUUUUAACCUGCUCUUGUGUUUGUAAUAACCUUCACGUUAUUUAUACAUUUACAUGCCUGUCUGUUUUUUGUAUUUAUUACAGUGAUUGAUGUUUGUCUCUUAGAGUAGUCAAAGCUGCAUUUUUUUUUCUUUUUCAGUUCGGCUGUACUAAAUGUGUAUGAUGUUAUCUGAUCCAUGACUGCUGCUGGAAGCUAUUUUUAGUGUUAUCAGAGGGAAAUGUUAUCCUGGACUUUUCUGUUUUAUACCUGAUGGCUAAGAAUUGUUUGACCCGUGAGACGAAAACGAAGUUGACCUCAGUUGAAGGGAGCUUAAUGCUUGCAAAAAUAUCA